AUGAUUUUUGGGGAAGAUAAUGAUACCCAGUUUGAAGGUUUGUCAGAGCAUUUUUCACUGCCUUCUAGUGAAGACGAUGAUUCCCAGAUGGAUAAUUAUGCUCCUGGGGAUGUGAGUGUUGAUAGUGUUGUUGGAGAAGAGAAUGAGGUUGGAGAAGAGAAUGAGGAGAGUGAGGCUUAUGAGAUAGAUGUGGAGAAGUUAGAGAAAGUGUUGUCUCUGUUGCAAAGUAGUGUUGAUGGGUCUUUAGAGUCAACUCUUGAUAGUCUUAGCUUGGAUUUACAUGAGGAGUUUUUGGUGAAAGUGCUCGAGACUCCGCUUGUUUUGGGGGAGAAUUUGAUUAGGUUUUUUAAAUGGGCGAUGAAGAAGCAGGAUCUUAGUGUCAAUACUCAUGUAAUUGAUGCGCUUGUUUGCUCUAUAUGUAAUAGUGAUCUUAGAAGAAAAAAUGCUUAUGCCUUGUGGGAUUUGGUUAGGGAAAUUGGUGAAAAGAAUGAUGGUUUGGUGAGUAUAGCGAGUCUUAAUCAGUUGAUAGCUUUGUUGUCUAAGUUAGGUAAAGGGAAGGCUGCUUUAGAGGUUUUUGACAAAUCAAAGGAUUUUGGCUGUGUCCCGGAUUCAAACACGUAUUAUUAUACAAUUGAAGCUCUUUGUAGGCGCUCGUUUUAUGAUUGGGCAUGGAUGGUUUGUGAGAAGAUGCUGGAUAAAGGAACCUUGCCUGAUAGUGAGAACAUUGGUAAGAUUAUUUGUUGGUUAUGUAAAGGGAGUAAGGCAAAGGAUGCCCACACAGUUUAUAUAUUGGCAAAGGAGAAGAACAAGUGCCCACCUAAGUCUGCUCUCCAUUUUUUGAUUGGAUCACUAUGCCGGGAUGAUGGAACUGUCAAAUUAGCUUUGGAGAUGUUGGAUAGUUUCGAAGGAGAAGUACGAAAGUAUGGUAUUAAGCCUUUUUCAUCUGUCAUUCGUGGUUUGUGUAGGAUCAAAGAUCUUGAUGGUGCUAAACAGUUACUUUCUAAGAUGAUUGCAGAGGGCCCACCUCCUGGCAAUGCUGUUUUUAAUACAGUAAUCAGUGCCUAUUGUAAGGAUGGAUGUAUGAAGGAGGCAAUAGAGAUUAUGAAGCUUAUGGAAAGUCGGGGUCUGAAACCAGAUGUGUACACGUAUACUGUUAUUAUGAGUGGUUAUUCAAGUGGUGGCCAGAUGGAGGAGGCACGCUCCAUACUAUCUGAAGCCAAAAAGAAGCACUCUAAGCUGAGUCAUGUAACUUACCAUACACUUAUUCGAGGGUAUUGCAAACUGGAGCAGUUUGACAAAGCUUUGGAGUUGUUGAGAGAAAUGGAGAAGUUUGGGGUUCAGCCUAAUGUAGACGAGUACAAUAAGUUGAUUCAAUCUCUUUGCUUAAAGUCUUUAGAUUGGGGAACAGCAGAGAAGCUGUUUGCAGAAAUGAAGGAGAAAGGCUUGUAUCUAAAUUCAAUCACUCGGAGCCUUAUAACAGCAGUCAAGGAGCUGGAGGAGGAGGGGUUAGCAAAAGAAGUAAGCAUUGAAGCCUGA